AUGUAUUCGUUUCCUACCGGCCAGCCGGGCCAGCAGCAGCAACAGUAUGGCAGCCAGCAACAACAGCAAUAUCCUGGCUUCCAGCAGCAGCCUCAGCAGCAGCAGCAGCAGCCUGGGCCUUUCAUGCCUCAACCGACUGGCUAUGGCAUGCCCCAGAUCCAACCCCAGGCCACCGGUUUUCCCGGCGCUAUGCAGCAGUCCCAGCAACAGGCUCCCCCCUUUCAGUCCUCUCUCCAGCCGCCGCAGAUGACGGGCUACCCUACCCAGCAGACGACAAGCUUGCAGGUUCCGCAGCCGACCAGCCAGGCACCACAGCCUACCGGCCAAACCUCGUCGCAAAUGGCGCAGUCGUUUCAGAAUAUUCCGGGCCAGGCUCCCGCUGCUCCCCCACGAAGUGCGCCUGCCGGCUCGAAGAUACCGCCUAUGCGCCUCUCCUUUAUCACGGUGCAGGACCAGGCGAAGUUCGAACAGCUUUUCAAGUCAGCAGUCGGGGAUUCACAAUCGUUGGAUGGUGAAACGGCGAGAGAUCUACUGCUAAGAUCUAAACUGUCAGGCAGUGAGCUGUCUAAGAUAUGGAUGCUAUCGGACACUACGAAAUCAGGCCGCCUUAUGUUCCCCGAAUUCGCACUGGCAAUGUACCUGUGCAACCUCCGAAUAACGGGUCGCGAUCUACCUGCCACCCUACCUGACCGGAUCAAAAACGAAGUCUCAAGCAUGGUUGACAUUAUCUCCUUUGCUGUACCGGACGAUCACCCGCCGCAGGUCCCGCGAUCGAACGCCCCCAACUUUGACCAGCCAUUGUUGCAAAAUACCUCCGCCCCUCCUGCACCACAACAGCCACAGCCACAGCAGGCUUCUAACUCACAGCUUCUCUCGCAAUUAACUGCUCAACCAACUGGUUUCUACAACCAGGCAACAGGCUUCCAGCCACCAAGUGUCAUGCAGCCCCAGCCUACAGGAUUUCCCGGUGGUCUACGGCCCCAGCCGACAGGUAUGCCGCAGAAUCCCCAGGCGACGGGAUAUUCAGGUCCACGACCUCCAAUGCCUCCCAUGCCAACUGGAUUCGCCUCUGGUUUGGCCCCUAGCCAAACUGGUGCUGCCCCGUUAACUGCACAGCCGACAGGGAUGCCUGGCCAAUGGGGAUUUGUUAAUGCUCCAGCCACAGGAUUACCAAACAUUGAAGCCCUUCAACAGAGACUCAUGCCACAGCCCGGAAGGGAAGGCGGAUUUACCACUGCAGGGAUCUCUGGAAAUGCCACAAUUCCAUGGGCCGUUACCAAGGAUGAGAAGAAAAUCUAUGAUGAACUGUUCCGUGCCUGGGAUGGUCUUGGGAAAGGCUUCAUUGGUGGUGACGUUGCCAUUGAAAUCAUGGGCCAAAGUGGAUUGGAACGCCAACAUCUGGAACAGAUAUGGACCCUUUCAGACCCCAAUAAUAGAGGUCGUCUGAAUAAGGACGAGUUUGCCGUAGCCAUGCAUCUUAUAUACAGAAAGCUUAACGGCUAUCCUAUUCCCAACAGGCUGCCUCCUGAGCUAGUACCGCCGUCUACUCGUAACCUUAAUGAUUCAAUUGGAGCCGUGAAGUCGAUGCUUACCCAGGAUGCAGAAGCUAGAAAAUCUUCCGGCGCAUUCUUGCAGCCCCAGAAAACGGGUGUCAGUUAUUUGAAGACACACUCGUUUAAUUCGGGGUCAGGCGGUGCUGGAUAUGGCAGGAAAGAUGCCACAGUCUUCAAAAACAACGAUGAUGCUAUUGGCUACAAGUCUAGUGCCCGCCGCCGCAUUGGCGCUGGUCGUACCCCGUCGCCUUCCCCCUCUGCACAGUCAGAGAGGUCUGACGAUGACAUGUCCGUAGAGCAGCUGAAGAAGAAAAUCCGCGAAACCAAAAUUAUGCUUGAUGCUAUAGAUUUCAGAGACGAGAACCAUGCCGAAGAAGAACAGGCAUUGGACCGCCGAGACAGGAGGGAGGCAGAGUCUCUCAUGGACAGAAUCCGAAGGGUUCAAGAUGACAUAGAUACCGAUCCAAAGGCCUCCUUCCGAAACCUGGACUCUAGCGCUGAACGCCGUAGUAUGCGCCGUCAACUACAGACUUACCAGGAUCAGUUGCCUGAACUAGCUUCUAAUGUACGCAAAACCGAACGAGCUAUUGCGGAUUGCAAGCUUGAGCUCUUCAGGUUGAAAGAUGCCAAGGAAAACCCAGGAAGCGCCUUGGAGAUUAUUGGUACUGGUCCAGGCGGCACAAUCACUGAGAGUGAUCGUAUCAAGGCUCGUGCUCGUGCGAGAAUGCAGGCUAGAGCUGCAGAGUUGGCGGGCCGACCUUCACCGGCCGCUGCGGAUGAAGGUGCUGCUGCUCGCAGGCUGGAAGAGGAGAGAAGCAAAAUUAAUUCUGAACGUGAGCGUAACGAUGCCAUGACUAGGGAUGUCGAGGAGAGUGUCAAGGAAUUCUCAGCCAGCCUUGAGGACAGCCUCAAAGGCGAAGAUGAGAAUUCUACUCGUGAACAUGAACGACGGCGUUGGGAGGAAGCCCUUGGCGUGGAAGACCAGAUUAGAGAUCUUAUCUAUGACCUUCAGCGCAAUCGUAAGACGGCAAAGAUCAGAAAGGAAGAAGAGAAAGCCGGCCGCUCAGCGAGCAGUGCAAAUCAAUACGCAAGCCUGCCUGAGCACCAGUCGAGGCCUAGCCCUGAACCUCGCUCUUCAUCUCAAUCGCCGUCGCUCGUUGGAACUACGCACGAGCAGAGAGUGGCUGCUGCCAGAGAGCGAGCUCAACGCCGCAUCGCCGAACGGAUGGCUGCAGCUGGACUCAAACCUGCUGAGUCCGGCGAGUCUUUCAUGGAACGACAAGAGCGUGAGAAGCGGGAGAGAGAAGAAAGGCUUCAGCGUGCCGAAGAAGAGGAUGCUAAGCGCGAGCAGGAAAGGCAACGGAGGCUGGAGAGUGAGCAGGCCCCUGCUCCUCCACCUGCUAAAGCUGGGCCAAAGAAAGCGCCUCCACCACCUCCCUCCCGAAAGGCCAGAUCAGAUUCUACAGAGCAGAAUGAGGCGAGAAAGGCUGAGGAAGCGCUUGCUAUUAGAGCUAAAGAAGAGCAAGAGGCCGCUCUCAGGCAAGAGCAGCAAGCCCAAGAGGCAGAAACGGAGCAGCUAGAUACACUCUCUAGGGACGAGACAAGAAGACAAGAGGAAGAACUUGCACGCGAAAAGGAAGCGGCUCAGGCUCGCCUGAAGGCGUUGGAAGAGCAGGUCCGCCAGGGCAAGAUCAAGAAACAGGAGCAGAAGCGCCGCAAACAACAGGCUGAACAAGAAGCCAGAGAGAAAGAAGCCAAGCUUGCCGCACAGCGAGCUGAGUUAGAGGCUGCACAGGAACGAGAACGCGAAUUGCAACGGCAGCUGGAGAGCCUUGGUGAUGAGGAAUCGUCGUCUGAUGAUGAUGGCCCUGAGUUUAUUACUCCUCAGGAUACUACGCCUACUCAAAGCCAAGUCUUUGACCAGCCAAGGGCUUCAAUUCCUUCUCCUCCGCCGGCAGCGCCACCAGUGCCUAUCCCUACGAUCACACAUGAGGAAUACCCAGAGGAACCAAUACGUGUUCAAUCUCCCGACCCUCUCGUCGAGCCAGUCAUGAUAAAGCCCAUCAUCCCUGAGACUGAGUCAAGGAACCCCUACUUCCGCCAACUCAGCCAGUCGUCUUCUGAACCUGCGCCUGCUGAAACACCAGCACCGGCUGCCCAAGACACUCAGUCAACUAACCCAUUCCACCGCCUUGCUCAAGAUAACGCCAAAUCCGCAUUUACAACUGGAACUGCUGCCCUUCCCGGUCCCCUCGAGCGUAAAUCGCGGGCUCGUCCUGAAGAAGACGAUGACUGGUCUGUGGCCGAGUCAGAGAACUCGUCUGACGAGGAAGACGACCGCGCCGCUGGUGGAAGUGCUAAACACUUAGCCAGCAUUCUCUUUGGAACUAUGGCGCCGCCUCGCCCUCUAAGCGCAAUGGACGAACCACAGGACUCGAAAACACCUACACCACCACCAGUUCAAAGCCCAGUGGCACCCCCUCCAGCCCCUCCCAUGCCCGCUCCCCCUCCCCCAACUGAGCAGAAUCACGAAGAAGAAGCACCUGAAGCACCAGCCAUGCCUCCACCUGCUCCCCCGCUCCCCAAUAUGGGCGCCCCAUCAGCUCCUCCUCCACCGCCGCCACCUCCUCCAGGCGGUGCUCCUCCUCCCCCUCCGCCGCCGCCACCCCCUGGACCCGCUCCCGGUCCCGGAGCCGGAGGUCCAAUGGGUAUGGGACGAGGCGCAUUGCUAGGAGAUAUCCAGGCAGGGAAAGCACUGAAGAAGGUCGUUACGAAAGAUCGAAGUACGGCAAUGUCAGCAGGACGUGUAUUGUAA